AAUGAACAUGUUGUCUGCACUGAUCGCCCCCUUCAAGUACAUGACCCCAGCAGCCAAUUGCACAGAAGACGAGGACACAUUGAGCACCAGUAGUGCUGAGGUCAAGGAGAACCGUAACACGGGAAAUUUGGAAGAUUGCGCCAUUGUUCCGUCAGACUGCCAAACACUCUUCCUGUCUGAUUCACCCAGGGACGGGGCGUCUGGCCUCAAGCGAAAGCGGCCUUUGGAGGAGGACAAUAACGGACACUUGUGCAAAUUGCAUCUGUACUGCAAGAAACUGGCAUGGUCCAAUGCACCAAAGAAUGCUCUGGUCCAGUUGAACGAGCUGAGACCAGGUCUACAUUACCGGAUGGUCUCUCAGACAGGACCGGUGCACGCACCUCUCUUUUCCAUCGCCGUGGAAGUCAACGGACUCACUUUCGAGGGCACCGGCCCUACAAAGAAAAAGGCUAAGAUGAAGGCAGCCGAGAUGGCCCUGAAGUCAUUCAUCCAGUUUCCCAAUGCCUCACAAGCUCACUUGGCCAUGGGCGGACUGAGCAACCCCACAGCCGACUUCACAUCAGACCAGGCCGACUUCCCAGACACGCUGUUCAAAGGCUUCGAGCCUGAUGGCUGCCGCUCUGCCGAGAGCGAGUUGCUGUCUAGCGCUCUCCGUUUGCGCCACACGUUGGACUUGAUGGUUGUGCAGGCCAGGCAAGGAGAUCCCUGCCUUCCCCCGCCUCCGGUACCCACCACCCAACCCAGCCCGGUCGUACUGCUCAACGACCUGCGGCCCGGCCUGCGAUAUGCCUGCCUGUUGGAGCGUGUCCAAGGCAAACGGGCACACCGCAGUUUCGUCAUGGCCGUUCGAGUGGAUGGCAGGAUAUUCGAGGGCUCGGGUCGCAGUAAGAAGCAGGCAAAGAGGCAGGCGGCUCUGUGUGCCCUGCAGGCGCUCUUCAACUUCAGGCUGGCACCUGAGGCGAGAGCGGGACACCAGCCCAGUAGGAUCAAAUGCCCUCAUUUGCCCCAGGAGUUUGCAGAUGCAAUAUUCCACCUGGUGCGAGAAAAAUACACAGAGCUGGCCGGCUGCUCCUCACUGCUGCACGCACGUCACAAAGGCCUAGCGGGCAUCGUCAUGACCAGAGAUCUGGAUCUAAGACAGGCCCAAGUGGUGGCGCUAUCGACCGGCACUAAAUGCAUUAAUGGAGAAUAUAUCAGUGACCAGGGUCUGGCGGUCAACGAUUGUCACGCUGAAAUCACAACCAGACGAGCCCUGCUGCGCUUCCUGUACUCUCAACUAGAGUUACACCUCAGCAAAAGGAAAGAGGACUGGGAGCAUUCGAUCUUCGUACGGCACAAAGAUUCCUGUUUGAGACUCCGAGAGAACGUCCUCUUCCACAUGUACGUCAGUACUUCGCCCUGCGGGGAUGCCCGUGUCAACUCGCCUUAUGAAAUCACCUCCGAUUUGCACAGCAACAGACACUUGGUGAAGAAGUUUCACAGCCACCUUCGGACAAAGAUUGAAUCGGGGGAGGGUACGCUGCCCGUAAAGACCACAGGUCCCGUUCAGACGUGGGACGGAGUCCUUCAAGGAGAACGUCUCAUCACCAUGUCAUGCACAGACAAGAUUUCCAGGUGGAAUGUGCUCGGCCUGCAGGGGGCGCUACUCAGUCAUUUUGUGGAGCCGGUGUAUCUGUACAGCUUGACGGUGGGCAGCCUGAGACAUACGGGUCACUUCUCCAGGAUGAUGAGCCACAGACUGGAAAGAGUCGGAACUCUACCCACCUGCUACUACCGUAACCAGCCUUUACUUAGCGGCCUGAGCAACAGUGACUGCAGGCAGCAGGGAAAGUCCGUGUGUUACUGUGUCAAUUGGACGGCAGGUGACACCCAACUGGAGGUGCUCAACGCGUCUACUGGGAAGAGGAGGGACUCCGGGGCUCCGUCUAGACUUUGCAAGCAUGCGCUUUUUGCACGUUGGAUCAGACUCUAUCGUAAGCUGGUGGUCCGUGGGGUGAGUGGUAUGCCGCUGUACUGUGAAGCGAAGCAGGCGGCGGGCACCUACCAGACUGUGAAGCUGCAGUGGUUGAAGGGUCUACAGGAAGCAGGAUUAGGGACCUGGGUCAGAAAACCUCCUGAGCAGGAAAACUUCACUCUGACUGUAUGAGUACAGAAGCUUGUCCUCGUCACCAAAACCACAUUCACCUUGCAACCAGUCACCACAGAAGCUCUUUCUCACCCCUAAAGUCAACAACACCCCACUGCCAAAAAAACCUCCACAGGGCGAUGACAAGAGUCGCGACUAGGUGGUAAACCUUGUUCUGUCAACCUCUCGCAAAAUGUUGCUACUGAGGUAAAGAUGAGGCACGGAAGAAUUUUGUGCCUUGCCUUCCAUGGCUUCUGUAGGGAAGGGUACAGUUAGUGGCUUUGUGAAUAGUGAAUUUUUGUCAGGUUGACUUUGUGAUAGGGUUGACCAAUAUCUGAGGGGAGGGAUUUGCGUUUAACUGAUAUAGAAAAAAAAUCAUGUGUACGGUUAAAUUAAUGUUCCGACAUUAAACGACAUGAAAGAUCCUAUACUCAUCCUCCACACUUGAUUAAAACAUAGAAUAGUGCACCACCUUGUUCUAGCUAGUCAAAUGAAGUUUUUUUGCUAUGCAAAGCUAGUAGGCUAAGCUAAGAACAAAUACACCAUAAAAUUAUUUUCUAGCAUUUCUAAUCAGGAUCAGAAUUGAAUACCCAUGAAAAGUUGUCUUUGUUUUAUGGAAUUAUGGAAUUGCUUUGGUGUACAAAGGGGACAGGAACCUGCAGGACAUUGUAAGAUCCUGUUUAAAACUCUGCAAUACUUGGAUGACAUAAUUAAAUAAUAUUGAUGACACUCAAUAUUGAUUUGAGUUUUAAUAUUUUAUUAGUUCACCAGACGCAAAGCUUCCAUGAAGAAAAACUAUUCCUAGUAAGCGUAUAGUGCCGACUUCAGUUACCCGGAUGAGCCUGUGUUAUCCGUUUUUACCAGUUGCUAUUGGGGGAUGAAAUACCGCUGGAUGGAGCGAUUGACCAAUCAGAAUCAAGUAUUCCACAGAGCCGUGUAUUAAUAAACCAUAACAUUCUUGUAAUGAGUUCCAGGAGCUUCUAGAAUACCUUUAGGCCCAAUCCCAAUUCUAUUUUAUACCCCUUCCCCUUUGAAACAGAGUGUCACGGGGUAGGGCUGAAAAUAUUCCCCUAAGAAAUGGGACACCACUACUACACUGUUACACAUCAUCAUACGUCGUCGCUAGCUCCUACGUCAAAGAAAAUGCACCGAUGUUUAUCACAAACUCAGACGUGCGGUAAAAGAUAAGUUACCUGCCACCGGACUAGUAUUUAUGU